AUGGAUGCUAUAGCGUUGGUCCAACGUUUUCGAAGACCUGAUAUAUUUUUAACUAUCACAUGUAACCCCUCUUGGGCUGAGAUUGAAGAAAAUCUUCUGUCAACUGAUAAAGCACAAAAUAGACCUGAAUUAAUUUGCCGAGUGUUCCGAGCAAAAAUAGAAGAACUGAAAAAAGAUAUACUAAAAAACCACAUAUUCGGUAAAGUGGCAGCAUUUAUGUACACGGUAGAAUUUCAAAAAAGGGGACUACCUCAUGCUCAUUUUUUAAUUAUACUUGAUGAUAACUACAAAAUACUGAAUCCUGAAGCAUAUGAUCGCUUUGUUUGCGCUGAAUUUCCAAAUCCUGAAAUAAAUCCCCAUUUAUAUAAGCUUGUUACACAACAUAUGAUCCAUGGACCUUGUGGCCAGUUAGAUCCUACAUGUCCUUGCAUGAAAAAGAAAGACAUUAAAGUUGUCAAAUACAUUUAUAAAUAUAUUUGUAAAGGACAUGAUAAAAUUACAUUUCAAAUACAUAACAACGAGACAAAUAUAGAGAUAGAUGAAAUAAAAGAAUAUCAAUCUACUAGAUGGGUAUCAGUACCUGAAGCUGUAUGGCGAAUAUUUGCUUUUGCUAUCAGCGAAAUGUCUCCAAGUGUAUACCAUCUUCAAUUACAUCUUGAUGGACAACAAUUUGUUUCCUUUAAGAGUACUGACAAUAUCAGUAGAAUUGUAAACAAUCCUAUGAUGAAGAAAACAAUGUUAACUGAGUUUUUGGAAAUGAAUAGAGUGGACGACUACGCUAAGAGAGAAAGAUACUACCUUAGAUUGCUCUUAAUGAAUGUAAGAGUACCAAAAUCAUAUGAAGAUUUGCUAACAGCAAACAACACACAUUGUAAAACCUUUAGAGAAUCUGCUGAAAAAAGAGGAUUGUUACUUUCUGAUAAUAACUUGACAGAAUGUAUGUCUGAAGCAGUAAGUUAUCAAAUGCCAUCCAGUCUAAGACACUUGUUUGCUAUGUUGUUGACCUAUUGUAAUCCAAAAGAAUUGUGGGAAAAAAUUGAAGCUCCAAUGUCUGAAGAUUUCAAAAACUUUCCAAAUAUGAACACAAGAGAAAUCCGUUACAAAGUGUUGAACCAUAUUAAUGAUAUUCUCCAUUCAAUUGGUCGCGAUAUCAACGAAUUUAAACUAAUUCCGAAAACAAUUAAAGCAUCAACAUUAGCAAACGAAGCUAAAGAUGUUUACUAUGAGAGAAAUAUCACUGUUAGUGAAGAAGAUCUAUUACUACAAAAUAAACUAAAUAUUGAACAAAGAAGAGCUUACAAUAAAAUUCUUGAUAGAGUAUUUUCAAGUAAAUCAGGAGCGUUCUUUAUUGAUGGACCUGGGGGACCGGUAAAAGCUUUUUAUACCGUGCUUUAUUAG